AAGCUCUGCCGAAAAUGGAACGGGUUAUCUGAGAAAUAAGCGAAGAGCAUUAUUGAUGUUUUCAAAGGUUAUAAGUUAUUUUUUUGACAGGUCCAAGAAGAGCGGGAAGUCAGAAUUUUUCGGCGGACAUAGAGAUAAUGGUAAAAAUUCUAUGGAGUGGCAAGGAGACGACGACGAUGAUCGCCGGAGCGUCGAAAGCUUGUCCUGGAUCGGGACGAACGAGCUUGAAAAAUCAAAAAGCGAUUCGAGCAUAACUCCGAUCGGCGACUGCAAUUAUCGAGCUCGGGGAGUUCAAGUAACUCUGGGAACUUGCGGCGCGCAGAAGAAGCUCACGUCUGCCCUGAGAAAUUUAGACAUCAGCAACGAUGACGACGAUGGCGGUGAUGACAGAAACGUGAGCUUCACACCUGUCAUAACAAAAGAUUGUCCUUACAAUCAGCUCGAUUCUAACUCGUUCCGCUACGGAUUCAAAACUCAAAAUCUCACGACCAAAGAACUUGUCAGUGUAGGACCAGAAAUUUUGAACUUCCAGGGAAAUCGACAUUUCCCCGAAGAAAUUGCAAUGUACUGGAAAAAGGAUUGCAGAAUGUGGCUGUGGAAGUCGUUCAGAAGACGAAAUCAGUCGAGAAAUACCACUGCUGAAAUAAAGCAGCUAAACUAAAAAUGUUGUUUCGAGUUAAAAACUUUGAUAAAAUAUUGACAAUUUUUUCGAUCUUUUAAAAGUAAAACUAUGUAUUUUUUUAACAUUUAACAUUUUUUAAUAAAAGCUUUAACAGAAAU